AUGAUGGAGUAUCAGGGUUCAAACACCACUGAUGAGGCUUUGCUCUUAGCCGGCAAGGGCAUCACAUUUGACAGUGGCGGUGCCAACAUCAAGGUCAAGAACUACAUGCAGGGAAUGCACCGAGACAAGUGCGGAGCUGCGGCAGUGGCUGGCUUCUUCAAGACCGUCAGCAUGCUGAAGCCCGGCUCUCUCAAGGUGAUGGGUUUCAUGGCAUUCGUUCGGAACAGUCCAGGUGCCGACGCCUACAUCCCGGACGAAAUCCUCACCAGCCUUGCUGGCCGCCGUGUGCGGGUCGUGAACACGGACGCUGAGGGUCGCGUUGUCCUAACCGACAUGCUUUACUACGCGAAAGAGGCGGUGAGUCCUCGUCUGCUCCCAGACUUUCCCGCAGUUUUUUACUUUGCAAAUAUCACUAAAAUCAUGUAA